AGCCUCUUUCUAACAAAACACAACGCCGAGAGUCUUCUCAGUAUCAAAGACUAUUAUCAAUAACAUAGAUCAAUUCCGGGGCCCAAUACGGAGAAAGGUAAUUUUAUUUUUCAUAAUAAUCCAUUAACGUGAUCAAGGAUGCUGUGAGGCACAUGGAUCAUGCAUCCGCGUCUUUAGCAGGGCUAACAUUCACAGCAUUAUUGUCGACGUUCAUCUAAGAACAUGUACCAGGAAGGAAUCGCAUGAGAUGGAAUGGUCUUGAUGUGCUGCAUCAUCGCUGAAGCGUUUUUCUGGUUCUUGUUCGGAGCUUGACAUCAGUGGUCCCUAUUUUAGGCUGUGUGAGCAGAGAAUAGUCUCAUUCCAGGAUGGAGGCCUUCAAAAUACUUCCUGUGCUGAAGAAGAAACUGGCCUUUCUGUCAGGAGGCAAGGACAGGCGCAGUGGUUUGAUCCUGACCAUCCCACUGUGCACUGAACAGACCAGCAUGGAGGAGCUCAGUGCCACUCUGGAUUACCUACUGAGUAUUCCCAGCGAGAAGUGCAAAGCUCGUGGUUUCACCGUCAUCGUCGACGGCAGGAAGUCUCAGUGGAAUAUAGUGAAGACUGUUGUUCUGAUGCUGCAGAAUGUGAUCCCAGCUGAGGUCUCUCUUGUGUGUGUGGUGAAACCUGAUGAAUUCUGGGACAAAAAAGUGACCCAUUUUUGCUUCUGGAAGGAGAAGGACAGGCUUGGCUUUGAGGUGAUUCUGGUGUCUGCCAAUAAACUCACACGCUACAUUGAGCCAUGCCAACUUACAGAUGAAUUUGGCGGGAGUCUGGUUUAUGAUCAUUUGGACUGGCUCAACAAAAGAUUGGUCUUUGAAAAAUUCACAAAGGAAUCCACGUCCCUUCUGGAUGAACUUACCGUCAUCAAUGAAAAUGAGAAGGGAAGCCAGGCAGACAAGGACAGGUCUUCAGAGAGCAACAUCAUGCCUUCAUUUGAUCCUGAAACGGUCCUUCAGACUGGACAUGAGUUGCUCUCGGAGCUCCAGCAGAGGCGUUUCAAUGGCUCUGAGGGAGGAGGAGGUGGCACAGCCUGGUCACCCAUGGAUGAUGAGCUGCUGGCUCAGCCUCAGGUGAUGAAGCUCCUGGACUCUCUGAGGGAGCAGUACACGAAGUAUCAGGAAGUUUGCAGACAGCGCAGUAAACGCUCCCAGCUAGAGGAAAUCCAAACCAAGGUCAUGCAGGUUGUGAAUUGGCUGGAGGGUCCUGGCACAGAGCAGCUCCGCACACAGUGGGGGAUCGGAGACUCCAUUCGUGCGUCUCAGGCCCUGCAGCAGAAACAUGAGGAGAUUGAGAGUCAACACAGUGAGUGGUUUGCUGUUUACGUGGAGCUGAACCAGCAGAUCGCAGCACUGCUGAGCGCAGGAGAUGAAGAGGACCUGAUGGAGCUCAAGGGUCUGCAGCAGCAGCUCAGCGACGUCUGCUACCGGCAGGCCAGCCAAUUAGAGUUCAGACAGAACAUCCUUCAGUCUGCCCAUGAGUUCCACAUGACCGCACAAGACUUGUCCCAGCAGUUAGACGGGCUGUUAGGCAUGCUGUGUGCAGACGUCGCCCCUGCAGAUGGAGCUGCGAUCCAGCAAACUCUAAAACAUCUGGAGGAGAAACUCAAGAGCGUAGAGGGUGCCUUGCAAAGCUUAAGAGAAAAAGGCCAAGUACUGCUUGACCAGAUGUCUACCCAGACGUCCUUUUCCUAUGGCAAGGAUGUAAGCAUUGAGAACAAGGAUGUAAGCAUUGAGAACAAGGAUGUAAGCAUUGAGAGCAAGGAUGUAAGCAUUGAGAACAAAGAGAAUAUCGACCAUAUUCACAAUGUCAUGGAGGACAUGCAGCUCCGCAAACAGAGGUGUGAAGACAUGGUUGAUGUCAGGAGACUCAAGAUGCUGCAGAUGGUACAGCUCUUCAAGUGUGAGGAAGAUGCAUCACAGGCGGUGGAGUGGUUAGGAGAGUUGCUCGAUGCUCUGUUGAAGACCCACAUCCGACUGGGAGAUGAUUCACAAGAAACCAAAGUGCUGCUGGAGAAACACAAGAAGUUUGUGGAUGUUGCACAGAGCACCUAUGAUUACGGUCGCCAGCUGCUGCAGGCCACAGUGGUGCUGUGCCAGUCUCUGCGUUGCACCACCCGCUCCUCAGGGGACACGCUGCCCAGACUCAACCGUUUGUGGAAACAGUUCACAGUCACGUCUGACGAGAGGCAGCACAGGCUGGAGAUGGCCAGUGCUUUCCACACAGCUGCGGAGAAGAUUCUGAGAGAGAGCCCUGAAUUAGCCGAGCUGAUGGUGGAUGUGGAGGCAUAUGAAGAGGUGGAGACGGUGGGGAAAGGUCUUCUGGACAGGCUCACUGUGCCAGUCAUUUUCCCUGAUGGGAGCGAGCAGUUCUUCGGCAGUCCGGGCGACAUGGCCCCCUCUGCCGAAAGCAUCCGUGAACGGAUGAAACUAGUGGAGGAAAAGAGAUUCCUACAGGAAGAGGCGGAGCAGCGGUUGGAUGAGGAGGCUCUGGAGACAGGGCCCAGGGAAAGUUGAGAACCCCAUGCACUCUUGCAGGAAGCAUUGCGAUGGUUGCAGCCCGGUCCAGAAGUGACCCCGAUCACCCGCCGUCUCUGUUGUACUCCAUCUCACCAAGCCAUCUUAACUUACCGAGCGCAGUUAAAGAUAGUCUUCACAGGCUCGUGUUGCAUUGCCUGUGUGGACAGCUGAAUAGUAAAUCGACCACACUACUUUGAACUCUCGCCUCCCUACAAAGCUUUACCUUACCUGUCGACUCUUUCUCCUCCCAGUGAGGCGCCUUGUGCUUGUAAUGGUGCUAAUAAACCUAUAGAAUGUACAUAAAGCGGCAUCUUUACCCCAUUUGUACCUGGAGCUCUAGAUUUGUAGGUCUUUCCUGACCGUAAGCAUUGUAUUUACUAUUUCUUUCUUUCAGUUGCUUUCUGUUGAGAAUUACCAAACCUGCUCUCUUGUGCCAGUAUAAA